CCAAGCGCGUUCGCCAGCGAAUACUCCCACCUGCUACUCUCUCGUGGAAUCGGACUCCGAUCACCAACUUCUAUCGCUGCCCAGAGAGCACACCUAGCCCGCCAGGACCAGACGACGAAUGGCUCCCAAUCGAGCGCAUCCACAUCCCGAAAAGCUCUGCAGAGCAAUUCCUCCGCUCCGAAUGGCGUCAGCACAAGACACAAAGACCGUCCUUCGAAUAAAGGCCCAGAUACAAUUGAUACCAAGGGUGCGCUGCAUCACAUAAUUGGUCAGGAAAGGGUAUGCAAGAACCAGCUUGCCGUAACAGUGCGCAAACACUUCAACAGCGCCGGUCUUGCGGAACAGGAAGCUAUUGCGCGGUUCUUGUACAAAGUCCGUGAAGAAGGCAGAGGACGACACUUCCGUCUCAGGUUCCAGCCAUAGUUCCUACACCACUCCUUCUAUGACUUCGCCUCUCCCUUCUAUCACCUACCUCCGAACCCGGAAGAAUCAUCCCGGACCUGCGGAUAGCUCGUGAGCAUAACCUCGGUUCAUUGUGCUUCUGGCCUUGAGCACAAUCUUUAACGGGAUCGGAUUUGAAUCUGCUCCAGAACUCUACGCCCUCCAUUCUCCCUACUCUUCACCCUCGAAACAUCCCUCCUUUCACCGGUCAUCGGGCAUCCUAGUUCCUUUACCUUUUCAUGAUACCCAUUGGUGCUAGCUCAGAUAAGUACUUCUUUCUUACUCCUUUUGAUUGUUUCCUCUGUUAUUCUGGUCUGUCCCCGAGAGGUCAUUGCUUGCUGUAUGUUACCUUUGAGCCUUAUCUGCUUCCAAGCUUCUGCCAUGUCGGCUAUCUUGUAUGCCGCAUUAGACCCUCGCCAUCAGUGCACUGCUCCUUUUCCUUCUUUGGCUCAUAUACUUGUACAUUAUCACUCGGAAAUCGGAGAUAUCGGCGUUUUUAUCUUCCUCAUAUCUUUGUUUAGAGAUCAAUGGCAAUAAUAUACC